AUGAAGGUCCCGUCAAACUACCAUGGAGUGUUACUUUUUGAUGACGCAGAACCUAAAACUCCGGUAAAACUUUCUAUGGAACGGAAAGCAAUCUUCAGACAGGUAGUUUCUCUGUUAUCAUCCAAUUUGGGGAAAAAUGCAGCCAAGAACCCUGAAAAUAACAGGUUGGUUGCAGUUAUGAUCACGCUACUCAACUUGGAGGCCAAUACCCCUGCAAAUGUACAUUUGGCGUAUAAAUUCUUCAGAUUGUACCAGCUCUCCUUUGAGGGCAAGCUUAUAUCAUGCCAGGGGACUAAUCGAAAUAGACACGGUGAAAUUAAUUUAGUUGGAAUGGAUAAUUUUUGGAAGACAACAUGCUAUCUAGAUUCCCUAUUGGUUGCCCUAUUCUACUCUAAUUCUUCAUUUGAUUAUUUACUUGACCAAACUGUGGACCCUACAUUGUCUCCUGAACUUCAAAAACAGGCAGAAAGAUUGAAAGUUAUGCUCAGGUUUAUAACCAAUCUUCUUAGAGCCGGUGAACAUAUAAAUAUUUUUAUAAUGUAUCAAUUAUUAUUGGUGUUGAACUCAAUGGGGUUCGAGAUGUUUUUGAGUGGGAAACAACAAGAUUCGUUACAAGCGUUUGAGCUUCUAGCUGAGUCAUUAUCCUUGCCAUUAUUGACUUUGAAAUUGGAUAUCAUACAUACAGGAGAAUUAAGUGUUAAUGACGAUUUACGACUAAUAGGAGAGCGUUCGCUUAUGAUUUCUAUCCCCCCAAAUACAAGCGUCACCGAACCUCCGAUUACCUUAGAGGAAUGUUUGAAUUCAUACUUCAACAACUCAAUCACUGUUAGAAGACAUAUUGAUAACAAAAAAAGUUUUUCAAUGUCCCCAAUGACACCAGUGGUGCAUAAUUUCCAGCCAUAUAUUGAGAAUGAUGCAAUUUCUACGCCCAGCUCAUCCUACGUGCCACCUCCGAGGGAAAGCACUUAUAUGGAAGGACGUGGUGGCACAGCUGGUAAAGCUGAUGAGAAUGCAAUUCAACAAGAGGAUACAGAAGUUUUACUUUCAGAUAAUGAAGAAGAACUUAAUGAAUAUAAGAAAUUAGGAAUUUUAACUUCAUCUGUAUCAAUCAUCAACAAGGCUCGGAGAGCUUCUUCUUUAGCAAAUAGUAAACCAAUAUACAAAGUCAGGAAUGCAGAAGAUGAUAUCAGUGAGUGUAUUUCACCUAGUCAAUCGGCAACAACUGCAGAUGAGGAACUUACACCCUCAGGAUCAUGCGUAUCAUCCUUAGUUAAUGGAUCAUUGCAGACUCCCUCCGUGCUCAAUCAGAGAAGCUUAACGCAUUCACUUGUUGAAUAUUCUCCUAGUGAAAAUGUAAAUAGGUCGAACACCUUAGAUUCAUCAUUGAUGGGAUCGUACAAGAAUUUCACUCAAAAGCUGGAGAGACAAAGAACCAGGUCAUCUACAUUGACCAGCGUUUUGAAUAAUGUUACAACCAUAAAUCCUACAAGGCUUACUAGAAGGGAGUCUUCAGUUUCAAACACGGAAGUAUCGUUACCUGCAUGGAUGUACUUACAGCUUCUUCCUUACUAUACUGAUCCAGAAAUAAAGCUAACAGUUGAAAACCAUGAAGAAUAUUACCGUCGCAGGACUUCAAGGUCUAAAACAAUUGAAUCCGCACAGCAAUUAAAGAACGAUGCAACUUCAGCUAAAGAAAAUUUUAAGGAACUAAGGGAUAUGAAUCCAUUUGAUGAAGAGUCAUCUUUUGAUAAACGCUUUGGUAAUAAAAGACCGGUAGUACCUAUUUGUUUAAAGCGUUACACAUGGAAUGAUCGUGGUCAACCUGUAAAGAAUAACCGAAAAGUAAUUAUUCCUGAGAUUAUAAAGUAUCCAUAUUUCAUUGCAGAAGAUAGAUCAAAACCAGGUUAUGUUGAUUUCAAACGCUCCUACGAUCACAAAGCACCACAUGGUUCCUUUAUGCUAGUUCUAUUAAGUUGUGUAUGCCAUAGGGGCUCAUCAAUAAAUUCAGGUCAUUAUGUCACGGUUACACGUAAGCGAAACUAUGAUAUCUAUAAACCAGAAAACAAAAGUGAUUGGUUAAUUUUCAAUGAUUUGGAAGAUGGCAAGGAAAAGGUAAAACAAGUUACGUUUGAUGAGGCGAUGGAACAAGAAGACCCAUAUUUAUUGUUUUAUGGGAUUUAUGAACUUGAUACUCCGUCACCACAAAUAUUACAAGGCUUCAAAGAAAAUUUUUGGGGCCGGAAACAGAGUGUUGUAAGCGGGUUUAGUGCAGUAAGUGAUUUUUCUGAAAACACCUUGCAGGAAAAGCCCAACGAUGAGCUAAAAAUCACUUCUGCGACAAAACAUGUUAUGCUAGGAUUGAGCGGGUUGACUCUGAACAAAUCGAGAAACAAAACUACCAGUGCUGAAAAUGACGACGUUUUUGAGGACUAUUAUUGGUAUGAUGACUCAUCUUUGAGUAAGAUUAAGUCUAAUGGUUCAUGUCUAAAUAAAGCUGCAAGUUCAAAUCCACCCUCUACAAUCACUUCUGCUGUUUCAAGUACUAAACAGGAGUCUGAUGAAGAAGAUGAUGAUAAAGUCAUCAACAACGAGAAAGAAGAGGACGCAAUAUAUCCCUUUGAGGAAAAAGGGUUAGACGGAUACUAUGAUGAAUCAACGGACCCGUUGAGCAAGCGUUCAUAUCGAAAAUCGAUUAAUAUGGAUGUGGAAAAGGUACAUCCAGUAAUAUCGAUAAAUUCAAAUGGAAAGACCUUGGUGAGUAUUCCUAAACUCGAAUCAAAGUCAACCAAUGCAUCAUCCGCUCAGAAAAAAUCAAAACAGACUUCUGAAUCUAAGCAUCAUAAAAAGAAAACUUCUGUAAAAAAAUUAUUGAAAAAAGUAUUCAGUUGA